GCUGUUUACGUUCUUGAUGCCAUUGUAGGCUUUGACUAUAACGACGAAGCAACACGAAAGGCCUCGAAUUACAUUCCUCGGGGUGGUUACGCACAAUUUCUAAAAGCUGAUGGACUCGAAGGAAAGAGACUAGGAUUAGUGAGAAAUCCCUUCUUCAAGUUUGAAGAAAACCAUGUUGCAAAGACUUUUGAAAACCAUCUGCAAACACUAAGGAAGAAAGGUGCAGUCUUCGUGGAAAUAGACGACGGCAAAGCAAGUUUAGAUUACAGUUCAAGUGCAGAAGAAACAGCGUUGCUAGCAGAGUUCAAAAUAUCCUUGAACACGUACUUGAGGGAGCUAAUAGCUUCCCCUGUUCGAUCGCUGGCAGAUGUAAUAGCAUUCAACGAGAAAUUCCCUGAUUUGGAAAUGACUAAGCAGUAUGGCCAGAAAGUGUUUUUAGAUGCUGAACUCACAAAUGGAAUUGGGAACUCAGAGAAAGAAGCUCGGAAGAAUUUGGCAGAGUUGUCGAGAAACGGGUUCGAGAAACUGAUGAGGCAUUACAAGCUGGACGCGUUGGUGGCUGCCGGGUCUGGUGUUGCCUCGAUACUCGCUAUAGGUGGAUUCCCGGGCAUUAUCGUACCUGCUGCAUAUUAUAACAAAGGGGUGCCUAUCGGCAUAUGUUUUGGGCGAUUGAAGGGUACUGAGCCCAAAUUGAUUGAAAUUGCUUAUAGUUUUGAACAAGCAACCAAGAUCAGGAAGCCACCAACAUUUCUACCCUAAGAACCCGCAUAAGCACUAAUUCAAGUUUUACUUGAAUAAAUGUGUUCCCUUGACAUUGGAAAUUCAAAAGAAACAAAUGUCUCGAGUCAAUAAACCAAACUGUAAAGUCAAAAUCAAUAAUCGAAGCCUGUUAAUUAAAACUUACUAACAAGAGGUGUUUGGUAUUGAUUUUUCACCUAAAAAAAUCAAUUUUUUGACCGUUAUUUCAUUUUUCAAGCCAUCAUUUUUUAUCAUUUCUCUCACAGAUAGGACCUAUUUUUUCCUCCAAUGGUCAAAAAAUCAAUGCUCAAAAUCACUACCAAACAAGCCCCAUGUUUAUUUUAUUUAUCAGUUUGUAAUAAUUUACUUGCUAUACAUGUCGAUUUUUUUAGCUGUCAA